AUGAAAGCUGAUAACAAGUUACAAUCAUCGCCAUCACAGGACGGCCUGGCCGCUAGUAGCCAGUCGGACGGCUCUACGUCGAGCUCGCCAUUGAGAAGUUACCUGCGCGUAUUCACCUACAAUGACACCCUUGGCUGGUGUCUAAAUAUAGUGGCUUUUAUCUGUAUGAUUGCUACGGGCACGUUACUUCCUCUCAUGGAUAUUGUUUUUGGCAAGUUUGUUACCGUUUUUAACGAAUUUGCAACUGGAUCUAUGAGUCCAGAACAGUUUCGAUCUGAAAUUAACCAUUACACUCUUUGGUUCGUUUACCUAUUCAUUGCCAAAUUCGUGUUGAGCUAUACCUGGAAUGUACUCAUCGCCUUUACUGGGAUCCGAGUAACCCGGAAUGUGCGCCUUCAUUUCCUAAACCAGGAGAUAACUUACUUUGAUCUGCCGGAUGGAGGCUCGAUUUCUGGCCAACUGACUACGAACGGAAACCAUGUCAGUGGGGGCAUAGCCGAGAAGUUGGGACUGAUCGUCCAAGCAGCGUCGACAUUUGUGGCGGCAUUCAUCGUUGCAUUCGUUGUCCAAUGGAAACUAACUCUGAUUAUCAUAUGUAUCGUACCUACAAGUCUUAUCGUUGUCAUGGUAAGCCUUGCAAUGGACACCAAGUAUGAGCAUGCUUGCAUGGGUAUCUAUGAUCAAGCCAGCUUGGUGGCAGAAGAGGUCUUCUCGAGCAUUCGAAACAUCCACGCUUUCUGGGCUUUCAAGAGUAUGUCCAAGCGGUAUGGCACCAUCCUGCAACAGGCGCACAAGACAGGUCUCAAAAAGUCUCCUGUUCUAUCCGUUCUAUAUUCAUUCGAGUUCUUCUGCAUCUACGUCGGUUAUGCCCUUGCCUUCUGGCAAGGCAUUCGUCGCUAUGCCACGGGUGAGAUCGCAGAGCCUGGAAGUAUUGUCACUGUUAUUUUCGCCGUCAUCGUCGCCGCACAGGCCCUUACCCAAGUGGCGCCACAGAUCGUUCAUAUCUCCAAAGCCGCCGCUGCAGCUCAUGUGCUGUUUCAAGUGAUCGACCGCCAGUCCAAGGUAGACCCACUCUCUGACCAAGGCAUUAAACCGAGUUAUUGUCACGGUUCGAUUGAGCUGCGUGAUGUGCGCUUCGCUUACCCGUCGCGACCUGACGUUCCCGUGCUCAAGGGCGUCAAUCUCUCCGUGCCAACAAACAAGACAACGGCUCUAGUAGGCGCUAGCGGCUCUGGGAAAAGCACAAUCAUUGGUUUAAUGGAGAGAUGGUAUGAACCAUCCAGUGGCUCAAUUGCCAUAGAUGGUCAAAAUAUUGAUGGACUGAAUAUUCAGUGGCUACGAACCAAUGUUCGCUUGGUGCAACAGGAGCCUGUUCUUUUCAGUGGGACAGUUUUCCAAAACGUCGAACUCGGCUUGACAGCAACCGAGUUAGCAUCUCUCCCGUUCGAGGAAAAGGAGAAAAUGGUGCACGAAGCCUGCAAGGCUGCAUUCGCCCACGAUUUCAUUCAAAAGUUACCCGAGGGUUACGCCACUCUAGUCGGCCAGAGAGGUGGGAUGCUAUCAGGUGGUCAAAAGCAGAGGAUCGCCAUUGCACGAAGCAUUAUAUCGAACCCACGAAUUCUUCUCCUCGACGAGGCGACAAGCGCUUUGGAUCCAAACGCGGAACAAAUGGUACAAAAGGCACUGAAUAACGUUAGAGCCGGCAGGACUACGUUAGUGAUUGCACACAGAUUAUCUACAAUCCGUGACGCUGAUAACAUCGUGGUCAUGUCUCAAGGAGAGGUCAUCGAACAAGGCACACACAACGAGCUUAUGAUGCUGGAUGGGUCAUAUACAAAACUUGUCCAAAUCCAAGAUCUUGGGCAAGAUUGCGAAGAGCGACAGCAACAACAGGAGCCGAAUGGGGAGCAUGAAGCAAGGAAAGAUUUGGACAAUGUUCUAUCUCUCGCUGAUUCCACAACCCAGGAAGUCCCAGCUGAACAGCUAAGCAACAUGAUGAACUAUAGCCUUAUACGAGGUAUCGUUAUAAUUCUCCGUGAACAACGGUCUCUUUGGGGGCUAUUCGCCGUCAGUCUCGGCUUCUGCCUCGUUGCUGGUCUCACCUAUCCCGCGCUUGCAGUGGUUUUCUCACGGGCUGUGGAUGCCUUCAACUUGCAAGGGUCCGAACUCACCGACCGAGGCGACUUCUUCUCGCUCAUGUUCUUUGUUGUGGCUUUGGCAAAUCUGUUGGCUUACGGAAUUUUCGGUUGGGUCAGUAAUGCCCAGCACAUCCUCAAAAGUUACCGUUUUGAGCUUUUCACCAACAUCAUGUGGCAACAAAUGAGCUUUUUCGAUGAUCCCUCCCACACUACAGGCGCGCUGGUGUCUCGACUUUCCACAGAGCCACAGAACAUCAUGGAGCUCUUGUCCAUGAACAUUGGUUUGGUUAUCGUUAACAUCAUUAACGUCGUUUCGAGCUGCAUUUUGGCCAUAGCUGUCGGCUGGAAACUUGGGCUUGUUCUUGUCUUUGGUGCUCUACCCCCGCUACUAGGUGCCGGGUACCUGAGAAUUCGCCUAGAGUUCAAACUGGAUGCUCUUAAUAGCGAGCGUUUUGCUGAAAGUGCAGGAUUAGCCAUAGAGGCUACCAUGGCGAUCCGCACAGUCGCUUCUUUGAAUUUGGAGCACGGAGUUGUUGACAAGUUCAAGGAAUCUCUUAGGGAUAUCACUGAAAGAUCUAUAAAAGGUCUUGGGUGGAAUAUGCUCUGGUAUGCCUUGAGUCAGUCUAUCUCAUUCUUAGCAAUGGCUCUCGGGUUUUGGUACGGUGGUCGCCUUGUGUCAACUGGCGAAUACAGUUCGACACAGUUCUAUACUGUCUUCAUGGCUAUCAUGUUCUCUGGUGAAGCUGCCGCCAUGUUCUUCCAGUUCAGCACUAGCCUGACAAAGGCACGGAGUUCUAUUAACUACGUCCUCAGAGUGCGAUCACAAGUGGACCAGGACAUGCGUGAGGAAGGUUCACAAGAUGAUAACUCGGAGAAGAAUGCUGCGGCAAUCGAAUUCCAAGAUCUUCGUUUCUCCUACCCACGUCGAGCUGGCCUACAAGUUUUGAAAGGUAUCAAUGCAAAGAUACAACCGGGCAGCUUUGUGGCAUUGGUUGGCCCGUCUGGAUGCGGCAAGAGCACAAUGAUUGCACUGCUGGAACGGUUCUAUGAUCCCGUGUCGGGCUCUAUUAUCCUUGAUGGGAUAAAUUCGACUAAGAAGCCGUUGAGACAAUAUCGUGCUAGUGUCGCUCUAGUCCAGCAGGAGCCAGUGCUAUACGAAGGAACAAUCGGUGAUAACAUUGCUCUUGGCUAUCCUUCUUCCACCCCGCCAUCUACAGAUACUAUCAUGGCAGCUGCUACUGAUGCCAACAUCCACGAUUUCAUUCUGUCAUUACCAGAUGGGUUGAAUACGCCUUGCGGAGCUUUAGGAACUCAGCUAUCGGGUGGCCAGAGGCAACGUAUAGCAAUUGCAAGGGCUCUGAUUCGUUCUUCACGCUUAUUACUUCUCGACGAGGCUACCAGUGCUUUGGAUACGGAAAGCGAGAAAGUCGUGCAAACUGCACUUGACCGAGUUUCAAGUGGUCGGACGACAAUCGCAGUUGCGCACCGCCUCAGCACAAUCAAGAAUGCAGAUUGUAUCUAUGUCUUUUCUCGGGGGCGCGUCGUGGAGUGUGGUACUCAUUCAGAAUUGCUUACUCAACGCGGAAUGUACUACGAGAUGUGUUUAGCACAGGGGUUGGACAAUCAGAUUUCUUGA